AUGAGAACGGGGUCAAUAGUAAGCUCACUGCUCUUCGCUUUGAGUGCCAACGCCUACCCUGCGUUGUCACCACCGGACCUGUUCAAAAGGGCACCAUCUCCUGGCAGUGUCAUUACCAAAUGCUCUCAGCCUGGUGUUUUGGCAUUGGCAUUUGACGAUGGUCCAUACCAAUACACGCAGAAACUGGUGGACAUCCUGAAUAAGGCUAAUGCAAAGGGAACGUUCUUCUUCACGGGAACGCUCUAUGGCUGCAUUUACAACCAAGCAACUGCAGUAAAGAACGCUUAUGACAGUGGACAUCAAAUUGCCUCCCAUACAUGGACUCACCCGCAGAACUUCGGCUCGCUGUCAGCCUCCCAACUGACUACAGAGAUCCAAAAGGUCGAACAAGCCUUCGUCAACAUCUUCGGCAAGAAGCCACUGUACAUGCGUCCACCGUACCUCGCGACAGGCGGCAGCGUCUUGCCGACAUUGAAGUCGCUGAAUUAUAAAGUCAUUACAGACGACAUUGACGCAGGUGACUGGAACCAUGAAUCUGUACAGGCAAGCGAGGCGAAAUUCACUCAGGCCGGUGCCGGAGGCAAUGGCCAUAUUCCGUUGAUGCAUGAGACAUAUGACACAACAGUCAAUCAGCUGGUACCAUGGCUGAUCAACUGGGCGAAUACCAACAAUCUCAAGCUCGUCACGGUAGCGGAGUGCUUGGGAGAUGCAGAUGGCGCGUAUCAAGCGGGAAAUUUCACAAGCAACGGCCAGAAAAGCUGUUAG